UCUCUCCGGGAGGCGCGUGGUGUUCAGCUGACCUACCCUAAAACAGCCUGUUGUUGUUGUUGUUGUUCUCUUUCAAUCUCCGCGUCGCUGAAAUGAGUUUUAGUCUGGAGCGGUUCCGUUACAGCGGAGGGAACGGGAAGCGGACUGCGGCGCUGGACGGUCGCGGCGGGGGUUCCGGAGCUGCCUGUGCGGAGAACACACGACCAGCAGCAGGUUCCUCCCAGAAGAGAAAGCAGGAGAGCAUUAGCAACACUGACUUGCAGAGGAGCAAAGAGCUUCAGCCUAGCAAGAGGAGGAAGAAGAAGACAUCCUCUGUGGCAGAUGAGUCAGACAAGGACCAUAAGGAUCCACGCUGGGAUGAGCAGGAGAACAUGGUUGGGAGGCUGCAGAUUGCAUUCCCUAACCUUGACAAGGAGGAGCUGCGGGAGGUCUUGAGGGAACACCAGUGGUGUGUGAAUGUUGCUAUAGAAGUCUUGUAUGCCUUUUCAGACAUAGAUGGGCCCUGUCGUUCCCCAGCGAAGAAAUCCAUAGAGCUCAAAUCCCCCGGGGAGAAGAAAGGCAUCGUGGCUGCAGAUGGGCCCUGUCGUACCCCAGCACAGAAAUCCAGAGAGCUCAAAUCCCCCAGGGAGAAGAAAGGCGCAAAGGCCAGUGGAGGAGGCAAGCACAGCCAAGGGACAGGGACCCUCUCGAGGUGGCUGAUCACCCCUGCCUCUCGGCCUACUCUCACCGCACAGAAGCCCUGUAGCGCAGCUGAUGGAAAGCCCCACGCUCAGGCAGCACCGCGGGCCAACAGCAGCGACUCAGACGACGGGGGCGCCAUCGGCAGCGAGUUUGAGGGCUCAUCUCACGACGAGGAUGAGUCAGACCAGGAGAGCAAUGUGGACGUGGCGCUGAAAGCUCAGAUACUCAGCUUCUUUCAGGAGGCUUCAGUGGACGAGCUGUCGCUCAUCACCUCCUGCUCUGCAAAGAAGGCCCAGAGGAUUGUGGAGCUGCGGCCUUUCAGCUCCUGGCAGGCCCUGAAGGAGGUCUUUCGUGAAGAAAGUAUCCUCUCCCUGGACCUGCUAUGGGGCUGCAAGGUGGUGCUGAGGGAGCGACAGGUCGUUCUCAGGCUCAUGAGCAAGUGCGAAAGCAUCUCCAGAAAGAUGACCAAGGACGUGACGUCGGUCAUCAAGAGCAGCACAAACUCCUUGAAGCAGCCCCGCACACUCAACAGCAGCCUCCGGCUGAAGCCCUACCAGCUGAUUGGGCUGAAAUGGCUGGUUCUUCUGCACAAGAACAGUUUAAGUGGAAUCCUCGCUGAUGAAAUGGGUCUGGGAAAGACCAUCCAGGCAAUCUCCUUUUUGGCAUACCUUUACCAGGAGGGCAACACGGGCCCUCACCUUAUCACUGCGCCCUCCUCCACCCUGGAUAACUGGGUUCAGGAGCUGAAGCUCUGGUGUCCCAGUCUCAAGGUGUUGGUGUACCAUGGCUCUGUGGAGGACCGCAGAUACCUGCGACACGAUAUCCUCAACGAGCAGAUGGACUUCAACGUCAUCGUUUCCACGUACAACGUGACCAUCGGAAACGAAAGCGACCGCAGCCUGUUCCGCAAGCUGAAGCUGCAGUGUGCCGUGUUCGAUGAGGGCCACAUGCUGAAGAACAUGAACUCGCAGCGCUACCGCCACCUCAUGGCCAUCAACGCCCAGUACCGGCUACUCCUCACUGGAACACCCCUACAGAACAACUUGUUUGAGCUCGUGUCACUCCUGAACUUCAUCAUGCCGUCCAUGUUCUCCAGCAGCACUUCUCGGAUUUCCAAGAUGUUCUCCAUGAAAUCAGAGGAGCAAAGCCGUUUUGAGAAGGACAGGAUCACCCAGGCAAAACUCAUCAUGAAGCCAUUCAUCCUUAGACGGGUCAAGAGCGAGGUCCUCAAGCAGCUGCCUGCCAAGGAGGUGCGGGUCGAGUCGUGUCCCAUGAGCAAGCGGCAGCAUCGACUUUACAUGGCUCUCCUGGAGAAUUACAACCGCUCUAGCCACAGCGAGAAAAAGGAGCUCUGUAACGUGAUGAUGCAGCUGAGGAAGAUGGCCAACCACCCGCUGCUCCACCGGCAGUAUUACACCAGUGACAAGCUGGAGACCAUGAGCCACCUGAUGCUGAAGGAGCGCACCCACUGCAACGCAGACCCCGUCCUCAUCCAGGAAGACAUGGAGGUGAUGUCAGAUUUCGAGCUGCACCGCCUGUGCCAGCAGUACCCGACCCUGCAUGACUACCAGCUGCAGGAGGACGUGCUGCUUGACUCGGGCAAGUUUGCCCUGCUCACAGAGCUGCUGGCCUCUUUCAAACAGAAGGGGGACCGUGUGGUGCUCUUCAGCCAGUUCACCAUGAUGCUGGACAUCGUGGAGGUCUUUCUGCGCCACCUAGGCCACCGCUUUGUGCGCUUGGAUGGCUCCACACCAAGAGCUGACAGGAUUGUCCUCAUUAACCAGUACAACAAUGACCCGGAGGUCUUUGUGUUCCUGCUGUCCACACGGGCUGGGGGGCUGGGCAUCAACCUGACUUCGGCCAAUGUCGUCAUCCUCCAUGACAUCGAUUGCAACCCCUAUAAUGACAAGCAGGCUGAGGACCGUUGCCACCGGUUGGGCCAGACCAGGACCGUACAGGUGAUCAAACUCAUAAGUCGUGAUUCCAUUGAGGACUGCAUGCUGCUCUUAGGCCAGAAGAAGUUGAAACUUGAGCAGGACAUGACAGCCACUGAGGACGGUGAAGAGGGUGACAUGUCUGAGGAUAUGGCCUCCUUGCUAAAGGCCUCUCUGGGUCUGUGAAUGCUCUCAGGUCCACUGCCAUGUGUCCAUCAGCAUGGAGGAUCUGCUGCUUGUGAAUCAAACAGCAAUUUACUCAAAGCUCUGACUGCCCUGAUUUGUGCAUCAUGUCAGACCUGUUCAAGUUUUAAUGUUCAAAAGGUAGAAACUCCUUCCCUGCAACUUUCAGGGAUGUCCUCUGUUCUGUAUUGGCCUGAGUGGAUGCAAGGAGAAGCUGUCUUUUGUUUUAGUUCUCUAUUCAUUGUUGUUCACCGUUCAAAUAAAUGACA